CACUUCACUGAUUUAGAGGGAAAACGAAAACACGUUAAAUUUUUCUACUUAAGAAAUCAAAAAAUCACCAUGUUUUCCUGUGGAAUUGUAAGAUUCCUAUAGUAGACCAUCAGUAAAUAGCUUUAUCUGGAUUCUGGUAGACCUAGACAGUGAAGAGUCAUGCCUAGGAAAAAGACUUCCAAACAGACAGACGGCCAGGGUAUGGAUGCGCCAUCCGCAAAACGUCGGAAGCCAAAUCAAGCUUCGGGGGCCACAAAACCAGACCAAGUCCCCAUUGACUAUCAAAAACUUGCUGCAGAGAUCCUACGGCAACAAAGUUUGCACCAACCUCAGUCGACUGGUGAAGAAAAAAACCAGGAACAGACCUCUGCAUCAACGGCAAUAUCACAGGUUAAUACAACAGCUUCAAUAUCAUCAAAGCCUGCUACAUCAGGGUCACAAGCUUCUACAGCAGGGUCACAAGCGUCUACAUCAGCGACACAAGAUGCUACCUCAGGGUCACAAGCUGACACAACAGCAACAGUGUCACAACUGGUAUCUAGGAUAUUUGAAGGUGAGCCAGCAGGCACAGCACCCAAUAAAAACACAAGUAAUUACAUAUCAAUCACUGAUGGCAUUCCUCUUGGUGCAACCGUACCUAACAAAAUUAAGUCAAAAAUAUGGUCGAAUGAAUUUAUAGAUUUGCGUAGUCUCUUGACGCACCAAGAGGAAGACCCAGUGACCUUACUGAUCACACCAGGGGUAAUAAAUUUGCAACAUAGUCAAAAGUCUAAAACACCUCUGUCCAUCAACCAAUGGACAGAUGCGUUUCUGGUUUUUACGUGUAUCGUUAUACAACAGAAACCCACUGAGGCUCCCCACCUGCUUAAGUACAUGUCAUUCAUAAGGGAGCUACAAAAACUUCAUGGGGAUUCAGCGUGGCGAUCAUACGAUGAGUCUUUCAGGAAGUUAAGGGAGACAGUAGACCUUCCAUGGCAAAAGCCAGUGGAGGAACUACGUGGUAAAUCAUUAGCUGUUUCCACAAAACAAUCUAAUGGGCAGCCUUUUCGUGGGAAACAGGUGGGGAGAAUCGGUGGGGUCAGAUUCUGCUUCGCCUAUAACCAAGGUAACAAAUGUAAGUCAACCCCCUGUCCAUUCACCCACAUUUGCCAAGCCUGUAGAGGUAAUCACCCCAAAAUUAAAUGUAAAUCUACAGAAAAAUCUAAACAUGAUAGGACCUCUCCCAACCCCAGUAAAGGCAAACAAACUAAAUGA